UGGAGAGGCGGUCCUUAUUUAACAAGGGUGGAAAAUGGUGGAAAGGAAAGCCAUACGGCUGCAGUAGACAGAGGGAUACCAACAAUUUUAUCUCUGACUCAAAACUCACCUUCUUGUGGUCUUUAACGCGCCAGAAGAAAAGCAGCAGUAAUGGCUGAUAAAGAGCAGAUCAAGAAAACUGCAGUCAAAGUAUUGACCUGUGUGGAGAAGGUUUCCUCCUUUGCGUCCUCCAUUGACCCAAUUUUUGGUGUGGUCUCCUCCUUGGUUGGGGUGGCUCGCAAGGGCCUGGCGGACGACGAGGCCCACGCUCUGGACAACGACUUCCAGAAGAUCCACAACGACUUGGAGACCAUCUCUGAAAAGAACCAACAAUGCCUGAGGAAGAUCCGCAUCGACGAGGUUAAUGAAACUUAUGGCAAGUACGAGGAAUACAUCAAGCAUCAGUAUGCUGCGUUUACCACCAUGGUGGCACAGGUGAAGAAAGACCCAGACAACCCUGAGCGCUACAUGAAAAACUUUGAGAAGGUGUAUGAGAGAGACAAGAGUGACAUGAGCCUGGAUGUCUACUACCGCGGUGUGAUGGGGACAAAAACCCUGUUUGGAAAAUCUCUACUGGCAGUGUACUUGGACAACUGCGAUGGUGACCGUGAAAUCAUGGAGCACCGCUGUUCACAUAUCGCGCACCUGUUCCAAAUGGGCCUCAUUGCCCUCAUGGCGUACACAGCUGUUACAGAGGAUGACGAAGAAGAGGUGCGGGAGAAGUGGGCCAAGAGGGUAGAGGAUAUCCAGGAAAAAAUGCAGGAGGUGCUCAACCAGUGCAAAGACAAGUCGUCUUGAAGAUGGACUCACUGAGAGACCUGCAGAGAGAAGACAUCCUUCGGGUUUAGUGGCAACAAUACUGAGGUGUGGACAAAAUGUAUCUUAAAAUAUAUAUAUAAACCAAAGCAAACUUUUCAUUUGUAUGAGCUGCUCUUGAUGUUUGUAUUGCAGCCUUUUAGUUAUUGUAUUGACGGUGUAUGUUAUUUUCAAAGUGAUCACUAAAUGUUAAAGCUGCUUAGUGUCGCAUGUCAAUAAAUGCUGGAAUUUUAUACAAUCUCUUCAAUAAAUUGUAUAAAUUAUUGGUUGGAAAAGUUGAAUAUUUGUGUGUCAUUUCAGCUUUGUAGGUAUCUGCUAAGGUUACAGGUUUUAUCCACUCUUCACAGACUUAAACUGAUAGCAAGAGUUGUACAUGAAGUUCAAGUAAAUGUAAUUGAGCUGAAUAAAACAUUCCUGUGGUGCAUGCCAAUGUAA